AUGGAGAAUAUCUUGAAUGUGAAUAUUCCUUUCGAUGUCUCAUUAUUGGAUAAAGUCAUUAACACAGCCAUUCAAACAAGAGACAUUGAAGAAAUGAAGAAAGCACAAAUGAUAUUACUUGAAUUUAUCAAUAGGAAUGAUACAUACUUAAAAGUUCCAGGAAUAAUGGAAGUAAGUCAAAGUAUAAUAACAAAAAUCUAUGCAAUGGAUAUUUUAAAGAGAAAACUAGAGUAUGGAUGGAAUAGUAUAGGAGAAGAAACCAAGAAAGGAAUAAAAGAAUAUGUUAAUGAACAAAUAAAUAAAGUGUGUAACGAAGAAGCAUAUGGAUUGAUUAAUAAAAUGAAUGAAAUUAUUGUAAUAUUUAUUAUGAAAGAAUGGGAUACAAAAUGGUUUACAUUCAGUGAAGAUAUUAUUAGAAAUGGAUUUAUCAAUGAAAAGAAAUGCAAAAAUUCAAUUGAUAUAUUUGAAAUAUUGAGUGAAGAAAUUGAGAAAGAAACAAGAAUAACUGGAAGAAGAAUUGAUAUUGGAGAACAUAGAAAGAAAAUUAUUGAAUAUUUGAUGAAAGUAAGUGAAUGUAGUGAGAACAAUGAAAUGGUUGAACAUAGUCUCAAAACGGUACAAGAGUAUAUCAAAAUGAUGACAGAAGAAGAAAAGAAAGAAAUGAGAAUGAUGGAGCGAAUUAUUAAUAUUAUGCAAAGAAGAAUAAAUGAGAAUAUUGAGAAAGAAGGAAAUGAAUGUAUAUAUAAUUUAAUUGAAGGAACUAAAGAAGGCAAUGAGAUGAUAUGGUAUUUUAUGAGGUACAUUAGAGAGAGUAACAAAAUAAACCAAAUAAAGGAAAGAAGUUUUAGAAUUGAAGGUAAAAUUAAUAUAAUGAAAGAAGUAAUGAUUAUCACUAAAUUAAUAAAAUGUAGUGAUAUUAUGAAAAGAAGAACAGAUAUAGAGGAAGGAAUUAAUUAUUUAAUAAAUUGUAUGAAAAUAGAGGAUAAAGAAAUUUAUUAUAAUAUCAUUGAUGGGAUUGAAUUUUAUUUGAGAAAGAAUAAUGAAACAAUAAAUAAACGAGAAGAAAAAUAUCAUUUGAUUAUUGGCAAAGAAAUCAUUAAACGUCAUGAAGAAAAGAAAGAAGCAAUAGAUGUAAUUGAAAAAGGAAUGAAAAGAAAGAGAAAAGUAGAAGAUAUAUUAAGUUUAAUUAAUGAAUGUACAGAAAGAAUUAUUAAUUAUAUCUUUGAUAUUGAACCAAUGUAUAUAGAGAAGAUGAUUGAUGAAAUAAUCCAAAGUAAUAACAGUACAGAAAUCAAGUCAAUGAGUUAUUAUGUUUCACAAACAAUGAAUAAAUAUGAUAUUGAAAUUAGAAGAAUAAUUUUUGUUAAAAUAAAUGAUAUUUUAAUGGAUAAAAUAGACAAAGAGAAAAAUAAAACAAAUCGAAUUAAACUUUUUGAAGGGAUUCUUGAAAUAAUUGAUGGUAGUUAUGAAGUGAUGAUGAAAAGUAAUGAAAUGUUAAAAAUUAUGAUUAAAAAAAUGGAAGAAAUUAUCAUUAGUGAAGAAGGAGAAAUUAGAAAGAAAGUGAUAAUUAGUUUAAAACAAUUACAUGAUAAUUGUGGAAUAGUUUAUUAUAAAAUGGGGAUUAUUAGUUGUAUGAAUUUUGAGAGAAUUGAAGGAAUAAUAAAAAUAUUAAAUGAAGAAGAACAAGAAGAAAUAUAUGAAAGUCUUGGAAUUAUUUCAAAAUAUCUUCCAAUAGAAAGGGUGAAAGAAUAUGGAGAAUUAGUUAUUGGAAAGAUAGUAAAAAAUAUUAAACGAAAUAUAAAAAGAUUAAUGAGUGAAGAAGUUUUUAAUGAAAAAGAAGUAAUAGAAAGUAUUGAAAGAAUAAAAUGGUAUUUUAAAGGAGGAAAUACAACUAAUAAAGAAUAUAUGAAAGAAAAUGUUGAUAAUUUAAUGACUAUUUAUAAAAAGAUUAAUCAAAUACUUAAAGAGAAGAAUGAAGAGAAUAUUAGUAGAAGAAGUUUUAUUGAAAUAACAAGAAGAAUUAAUGAAAUACUUAUUACUUAUAUUAAAAUAAUAACAAAUCAAGAAAGAAGAAAAUUUAUUGAAGAAUAUAAUGGAAUAAUUAUAGAAGGAUAUUGUAUAAGAAACAAAGAAGAACGAGAUAGUACAGUAAUUUGGAUUUAUUAUCAUCUUAUUAAUGAACUUGAAGAAGAAAGUAAAAAGCAAAUAAGUGUAUAUUAUCAUUAUAUCAUUGAAAAGACUAUUGAAAUUAUACAAGGAGAUAAUAUUAGUUAUCCAGAUAUAAGAGAAGCAUUAUUUUCAUUCAUUAGAAUUGUUAUUGAAUAUUGUUCAGAGGUGAUUUGUGCAUCUAAUCCACAAGACAUGUUUUAUUUAAUCGACUUAAUCAAUUGGGGAAAUCAACAUCAUAACAGACAUAUUAAUGAAGAGAGUAGUGAGGCAUUAAAUAUUCUACUAACAAAAUCAUUCAUUAUGAGAAAUGUUAAUUUAAUGGGAAUUAUUAAAGAAAAAUAUAAUUCAAUAGUUAUUGGAUUAAUCAACGCUAGUGCUGAAUGU